CGCCAGCCCGGAGGCAGCGCACGGGUGCAGAGGCUCCCGGAGAGCCCGGCGUGCUCGCAGCUCGGCGGGACCGGGACCGGCCCUGUGUCCGCGGGGACGCGAGGCCGUGGCCCCCAGCCGGGAGCCCGAUGUGCACGGCAGGCGCGGGAGCCGGGCCGCCUGCAGCCUCGGAGAUGAAGGCCUGCGCCCGGGGCCUGCGGACACAGACGUGCGUGUGGGUUUGAACCCCGCUGCCCCGUGGCCACGGGCUCGCCGCCCCGAGACCAUGACAACGGCCCAGAACGGCCACGGCCGACCCGCCGCGAUCCCCUGCUCCGUCUCGGAUGCCAAAGGCCCCAGAAUGGUGACCUCGCCCGCGUGCCGGAACGGAGGCUGCGGCGGCCCCCGCGGGGAUGCGGACGCGGCCCAGCCCAGACUCAGCCCCGCCAGGCUCGUCCGCCUCUUCUCGGCGAGCGGGAAGCGGGCCGGCGCCCUCCCCGAGCGGCCCCGCUCCGUGGUCCUGGUGGGCAGCUCCUCCACCUGGCACGCCCUUGCCUCCUUUCGGAAAAUGGGAUCUUUUAAGAAACUCAAGUCCUCCGUCCUUCAGGGAAUCCAGAACCGGGAGGGGUCAGACGCGGCCAAGGAGGACGCCCCCGAACGCGACCCGGGGAGACCCCUGCCGAAGGGCGCGGCGGCCGGAGCGCAGGGCAGCGCGGGCCCCGCGGGCGAGCCGGCCAGGGCGGGGCCGGGGGGCGCGUCCGACUGCUCGGACCCCGACGAGGCGGACGACGCCUUCCAGAGGAGCACCCACCGGUCCCGCAGCAUCCGCCGCGCCUACGGCCUGGGCCGCAUCAGCUUCCUGGACUGCGAGAGGCCACCGGGGCCCCAGAACCACGCCCGGGCCCCGGGCCCCGCCUCGCGGGAGCCCGCGCUGUGUGAGAUUCUAGUGAAGGACGCCGGCAACAACGGCAUCAUCUACCGCAAGAGCAAGAGCAGCGACAACUUGGCCUUUCUGAAGAAGAGCUCCUUCAAACGGAAGUCCGCCUCCAACCUCGCGGACCUCCCGGGGGCGCCCGAGAAGCCCGCGCCCCGCAGGACGUUCAGCAGCUCGUCCGCCGACUCGGACAAGUUCAGCGGGGGAGCGUCCGAGCGGCGGACCCGACGCUGGAAGAGCCCCCUGCGGGCCAAGGACCUGGACCGGGUCCUGAGGUUCGUGAGCGACGCCGCCUGGAGGAGAGAGAGCCCCCGGGGCGCGGCGUCCCCGCCGGGCGACGCGGGCCGCAGGCUGCAGGCGCACAGCCGGCUGCACGACGCCUACUCCCGCCGCGCGUCCAGCAGCGCCGAGCGCGAGUGGAGGAGGUGCGCAGGCGCGCCCGCGGCCCCGGGCUGCGGCGCGGCGGAUGCGGACGCGGCCGUGCUUCGGCCCCGGGCGGCGGAGGCCCCCCCGGACGCGGACGCACGCCGGUCGACCUUCGAGCCCGAGCAGCCGCCCACCCCCACGAGGCCCGUCACGCCCAAGCCCCCCGGCCCGCAGAGCCCCGGCGCCGGAAAUGCCGCGUGUCCCGGCAGCCUCAGCGCGCUGUCCCUGAGUUCGGUGGACGGUGAAGAGAGCGCGCGCGGGCCCGCGUCGUCCCGGGAUUCGGCGCAAGCCGCGUGUGACCAGGGCAGUGGCGACAGCGGCGCCAGCAGCCAGCCGCGGCCGAGCCCCCGCCUGGCGUCGGGGCCGGAAGACAGCGGCGAGGAGGUUGUGGCCGAGGAACCCUGGAGGCGGGGCUCAUCACGGGAUGAAGAAAAGACAGAGGCUCAGAGGAUCACCAAGAGGAAAUGGGGUUCUGGGAGAAGGUCAAGGCCCCGGCCGCUCUCCGACUAUGGCCAGUUGGCCAACCGAAGUCUCUCUAUUCCUGAGGACUCAGUUGCUGUGGACCCCCAGAAAGAGGAUGCCGCGGACGGGGACCACCAGCCGAACACGGCCCCCGUGGACCCCGCAGAGCAGAACCCCGCCAUGGGCGGCCCCAGAGGAAGCCGGAGAAGACGCCCCGUCUCUGUGAUAGGUGGGGUCAGCCUCUAUGGGAACAGCCAGACGGAGGAAAUAGAGAGUCUUCUAACCCAACCUGCAGCCAGGCCUCCCGUGCCGGCGCACCAGGUGCUGCCCUACAAGGCGGUUUCGGCCCGGUUCCGGCCCUUCACCUUCUCCCAGAGCACCCCCAUCGGACUGGACCGCGUGGGACGCCGGCGGCAGAUGCGAGCGUCCAACGUCUCUUCAGAUGGCGGUCCUGAGUCCUGUGCCUUAGUGGAUGACAACGGCAGUGAGGAAGACUACAGCUAUGAAGACAUCUGCCAGGCCAACCCCAGACACCUGCAGCCCGGCGGGGAGCAGCUGGCCAUCAACGAGCUGAUCAGCGAUGGCAGUGUGGUCUGGGCUGAAGCCCUCUGGGACCACGUGACCAUGGAUGACCAGGAACUGGGCUUCAAGGCUGGAGACGUCAUCCAGGUUCUGGAAGCCUCCAACAAGGAAUGGUGGUGGGGCCGCAACGAAGACAAGGAAGCCUGGUUCCCUGCAAGCUUUGUCAGACUGCGCGUCAAUCAGGAAGAGCUGUCGGAGAAUUCCAGCAGCAGCCAGGGCGAGGGGCAGGGAGACGCCGGUGGGACCCGCCACACGCACUCGGAGAGCAAGCACCAGAUGAGGACCAACGUCAUCCAGGAGAUCAUGAACACCGAGCGGGUGUACAUCAAGCACCUCAAGGACAUCUGUGAGGGCUAUAUUCGACAGUGUCGCAAGCACACGGGAAUGUUCACUGUUGCACAACUAGCCACCAUUUUUGGAAACAUUGAAGAUAUUUACAAAUUCCAAAGAAAGUUCCUGAAAGACCUUGAGAAACAGUACAAUAAAGAGGAACCUCACUUAAGCGAAAUAGGAUCCUGCUUUCUUCAACAUCAAGAGGGCUUCGCCAUCUACUCCGAGUACUGUAACAACCACCCCGGCGCCUGCGCGGAGCUGUCCAACCUGAUGAAGCAGGGCAGGUACCGACACUUCUUUGAAGCCUGCCGCCUGCUGCAGCAGAUGAUCGACAUCGCCCUCGACGGCUUCCUGCUGACGCCCGUGCAGAAGAUCUGCAAGUACCCCCUGCAGCUGGCAGAGCUGCUCAAGUACACCACGCAGGAGCACAGCGAUUACAACAACAUAAAGGCGGCCUAUGAAGCCAUGAAGAAUGUCGCCUGUUUGAUCAAUGAGCGCAAGCGCAGGCUGGAAAGCAUAGACAAGAUAGCACGGUGGCAGGUGUCCAUUGUAGGCUGGGAGGGGCCGGACGUGCUGGCGCGCAGCUCGGAGCUGAUCCACUCCGGGGAGCUGACCCAGCUCAGCAGGCACGGCCGGAGCCAGCAGCGGACCUUCUUCCUGUUCGACCACCAGCUGGUGGCCUGCAAGAAGGACCUGCUGCGCCGCGACGUGCUCUACUACCGAGGCCGCACGGACAUGGACGACGUGCAGCUCGUGGACCUGGAGGACGGGCGCGACAGGGACUGGAACGUCAGCGUCAGGAACGCGUUCAAGCUCGUCAGCACGAGCACCGACGAGGCGCACCUGUUCUGCGCCAAGAAGCCGGAGGACAAGGCCAGGUGGCUGCAGGCCUGCAGGGACGAGCGGCAGCGCGUGCAGGAAGACCGUGAGAUGGGAAUGGAAAUUUCAGAAAAUCAAAAGAAGCUCGCCAUGCUGAAUGCUCAGAAGGCAGGACACGGAAAGUCCAAAGGCUGCAGCGCGUGCCCGGUGGCCCUGCCGCACCAGGCCCUGCACCCCCUCCACCAGCGCCACGUGACCGUGCCCCCCAGCGUCCCCCAGCAGCAGGUGUUCGCGCUGGCGGAGCCCAAGCGGAAGCCCUCGCUCUUCUGGCACACGUUCAACAAACUCACCCCUUUCAAGAAGUGAGCGGCGGCGCCCCUGCGCCCGGCGGCUGGAAGGAGAGCCGAGCCGGCGCCCCUCGCGUGCGACCCCGCGCGGAAGGCCCCCUUCGGGGGUCCGUGAGCGACAGAAGCGGGGGCGGGACGGCCGGCGAAGGUCGUGAGGCACGGCCCUGACGCCCGCGGGGACCCGGGUGACCGUGCGGGGGUGGCCGGGCCGCGGGAGCCCGUGUGCCCCGCGGGCAUGGCCGUGACGGCCGCGCGGUGCCGCGGGUCCUGAGGGCGGGCCGGUCACGCUGUCCCUUUUGCACGUGGAUUCCGAGGGGACGCUGGCGACGGGGGCUCCGGCCAGCCCUCGCUCCCUCCCACAGUAUUCGGGACGUCCCUCCGCAGCGCACGUGGCCGCGGCGGCCCCUGGGGUCCCCUGAGUUGUCGCCAAAUAGUCGUGCGGGCUUCCUCCUGCCGGGUGCGCCCCCCACAGGCUGCGGGGGAGCGCGGGGACUGCCCCACGGGGAGGGGGCGGGCGUCCGGGCCUCAGAAGCUCCGUGACGCAGGGCUCCUCGCCCGGGGCGCCCCGGGGAGGCCCCGUCCUUCCCUGCCCUUCCGCAGUCCGGGGCCCUCCGCCCGCGGGGUCGCGGCGACCACACGGGCCCCCGCCCCGUGGCCCCACAGACCGACCAGACACGGCUGUUCGCAAGAUAAAAGCCCGUUUGCCUUGAUUUUAUGGUGACUUACACGCGCACGUGCCCCCAGCUGCAAGGCAUUCUGGGAACCGCCGUGAGGGCCUCCCGUCAGUCGUUGGCGGCGUGCCCGCCAGUCAGGCGACGGCGACCGUGAUGACCCGCCGCGCCCCGCGCCCGUCCGUGCGGGCCCCUCGACCCCGCCGCCGCGGCCCUUCCCAGCGGGGGCCGCGUGGCCAGAGCCCCGCGGGCCGGAACCUCCUGGUCUUGUCUGCGUCGUAAAUGCUGAUGAAAGUAAGUCGCACGCGGGUCCGGAG